CUGCAGCCCCAAGCCUUGCGCGCCGGGCGGGACCUCCUGCCGGGCGCGCAAGGCUUGCGGACACUCGCCCGAAGCACGGGAGCCCUCCGGAGGGCUCCCCGUGCUUCGGGCGACAGCUGCAGCCCCAAGCCUUGCGCGCCGGGCGGGACCUCCUGCCGGGCGCGCAAGGCUUGCGGACACUCGCCCGAAGCACGGGAGCCCUCCGGAGGGCUCCCCGUGCUUCGGGCGACAAGCUGCAGCCCCAAGCCUUGCGCGCCGGGCGGGACCUCCUGCCGGGCGCGCAAGGCUUGCGGACACUCGCCCGAAGCACGGGAGCCCUCCGGAGGGCUCCCGUGCUUCGGGCGACAGCUGCAGCCCCAAGCCUUGCGCGCCGGGCGGGACCUCCUGCCGGGCGCGCAAGGCUUGCGGACACUCGCCCGAAGCACGGGAGCCCUCCGGAGGGCUCCCCGUGCUUCGGGCGACAAGCUGCAGCCCCAAGCCUUGCGCGCCGGGCGGGACCUCCUGCCGGGCGCGCAAGGCUUGCGGACACUCGCCCGAAGCACGGGAGCCCUCCGGAGGGCUCCCCGUGCUUCGGGCGACAAGCUGCAGCCCCAAGCCUUGCGCGCCGGGCGGGACCUCCUGCCGGGCGCGCAAGGCUUGCGGACACUCGCCCGAAGCACGGGAGCCCUCCGGAGGGCUCCCCGUGCUUCGGGCGACUAG